CACUAUAAGUCCCUAAGCGAGCUGUCCUUGCAGCAAAGGGCAGCUCAGGAGGCUCAGAGCAGGACCAGCAUGACGGCUCCCGGCAUCCUGGGGCUGAUGCGACCCUUGAGGAGCGGGCUGAAGGCGAGCAAAACCCACCUCAUUUAUCUCUGGAGUGUGGCUGAGCAGCAUCACAGCCCAGCAAAGGGCUCAGAGAGAGGUUUCAGCUCCACRCUCAGGUUGCAGGAUGUCCCCGGGCAAUCGAGCUCUGAGGACCAGGUGACWGUGCAUUUUAUAAAUCGGGAUGGAGAGAAACUUACAACCACAGCCAAAGAAGGGGAGAGUUUGCUGGAAGUGGUAGUCAACCAAAACUUGGCCAUUGAUGGAUUUGGUGCUUGUGAAGGGACCUUAGCCUGCUCUACCUGUCACCUCAUCUUUGACAAGGAAGCCUUCCAGAAGCUUGAUGCCAUCUCAGAUGAAGAGCUAGACAUGCUGGACUUGGCAUAUGGCCUCACUGACACAUCACGCCUUGGCUGCCAGGUGCACGUUAAGAAGUCCAUGGAYGGUGUGACAGUGCGGGUCCCCAUGGAUGUGUCGGACAUGAGGAGGCAGCUGGAGGUUGGAAAGCAAAGCAAACAGUAACUGGAAACGACUGCUGCACAGCUUACAUCCUCAUUUAGGCGUGGCAGGGCACUUUGCUUUUGGUUGGCACCAUUGCUUUUUGUGGCUGGCUUGCAGUAGACCACAGAGGUCUGAUUCAGUAUAAAAGGCGUGUUUGGCAAAUCUCCUAUUUAAACAAGGCCUAAUGCUUAAUAGGGUCUUUGGUACAAGUUUUAAGUGCUUAAAUGCUCCUCUGAACGCAACUGGAUUGAAGUGUAUGGCUUUUUAUUUCCCUGGGUGGGUGUCAGCAAACAGCUCUGCUGUAUGUGACUUGCUUUCCCCUUUGAAAUUUAAGAAAUCUGCUAUUCUGAGUAACUGCUGAGAAUUUUACAAGGCCUGGCUCUUUAAAACUGGAGCAGACUUUGCCCAGUUUUGGAAGCUUAAGAAGAGAUCGCUCUUUGUGGGUCAGUGUGCUGAUGGGUUUGAUGAUGUAGGUGACUUGAGUUUGGUCAGCUAGAGCAUUCUGAUGACAUUUGUGUGCUGAGAGUUCCUGUAAGCAGGAACCACUCUGAUGAACUUGAGAUAUUACGGGUCCCUGAAUUAUUCUAUGCCGGGAGCAGCCACUAUCUCCAAACGUUAAAUUUUUCUCAUUGCUGUACUGUCACACAUGUCAAAUAAAAUUCUAAUGAUGAGGCUUUUUGACCUACAAGAUGCAGUGUUCUGGUACCAUGAGCCUGGCUGGAAUGGAAUGAGUUGGAUGGAAUUUUUGUUGGCUGCARUAAGCACAGCUGAGCAAAGGAGGUGAUUGUCCUUCUCUGCUCAGCAGUGAUGGGGUCUCACCUGAAUACUGCACACAGUUUUGGGCACUGAAUAUAAAACCACAUGAUGCUGUUAGAGAGGGUCCAGAGCAGGACAGUGAGGAUGAUGAAAGGGCUGGAGGGGAAGCCUUAUGAGGAGCACURAGGUMAYUUGGUUUGUUCAGCCUGGAGAAGAAGAGA